AUGUCAAUCGUUCCGUAUAAUUAUAAUAGUGAAAUCGUUUAUCAUGACCCUAACUAUGGAAUCUUAGUUCUACACAAUAACCAACAAAAUAGCAUUCAAUUACUAUCCACGAUUGAUCAACCAGAUAGAAGUCAAUUCAGAAGACACUCUUCCGAGCCAUUCAAUACCAAUAAUUUUGAAAUCCCUCGAGAACAUGACUCAAAUGAAUGUCCCAACUGUGGAUUCAGAUGGUCUCAUCAACGAUACCAGAAACGAAGAAAUAAUGAGAGCCCAGCCAUGACUUCAUCUUCUUUGGAUAGCCCUGGAGAAAUGGUCCCAGUGAGUAAGAGCAGGUACCCCCUGGGAUUCAUGCAUAACGAUUAUUUCAAAGUUCUUGCCAAUUUGCCAUUUGAUGGGGAUAAAUAUAAACUUGCUUCUCCAAACAGCUCAAUUAAAAGAUUACCGAAAGAGAUCUUCAAUCAGGGCUACUUCAAGAGGUUCUUCAAAAAGAUUCCCCCGUAUGUAUUGGGUUCAGGUGCUCAUGCCCAAGUAUAUAAAGUUAUGCAUGUUUUGAAUGAAAUACAAUUGGGUACCUACGCGAUUAAAAGAAUCAGUAUUGGAGAUCACUCCACUUUCCUAGAUCAAGUUCUUACAGAGGUUUUGAUUUUGUAUGAACUUUCCACCCAGGGCGCAAAUGAGAACAAUUUGAUCCGUUAUAAUCAUGUCUGGCUUGAAAUGGGUGAUAUAAAUGAUCUGAAUACAUAUUUUUUGCCUAAUGAUGACGGUGAUCAAAGAGACUUAAAUUCAAAAGUGCCAUAUGUUUUCAUACUACAACAGUACGCAGGCGGUGGCCAUUUAGAAGAAUUGAUUUCUAAAAAUUUUCAAAAGGAAAAGAUCAUGUCUCUCAAAGAUAAAGUUGGAAUGGAAAGAAUGAAGAGAAGAAUGAAAAAGGGAUCGAUUCCACAAGAGAAAGAUGGAGAAGAUCAUCAUAAAAGAUGGCUCUCUGAUUUUGAAAUUUGGAAAUUUUUUAAAGACGUUGCCAAUGGAGUCAAUUAUUUACAUCUAAAGGGUAUAUUACAUCGGGACUUGAAACCAUCUAAUUGCUUGUUAGAUGUUGAAUACGAUUCUAACGGUUUGGAUGACCUGGUCACCUUUAACUCUGUUUCGGAUUUGGAGCAAUUGGUGUCAAUCAUGCCAAAAGUUCUCGUAUCUGAUUUUGGUGAAGGUAAAUUCAUCGACAAGCAGUACUUGGCCAACAAGCAUUUGAGCUCCUCCUCUGAGGAAAGGCAAGGUAACACGGGUACUUUAGAAUUCACUGCUCCUGAGCUAUGGCUAUUUGCCAAUUACGAUCCAUCAGCUGAACAUGAAAGACAACGGUUUGUCUAUGGGUUCACUUAUAGUAGUGAUAUAUAUUCAUUGGGAUUGAUUUUAUGUUGGCUAUGCGUUGGAUCUCUACCCUUUUCCUCGUACAUUAUCGACCGUACCAAUCCUGAUCAAGUGAGAGAAUCAAUUGCACAAUGGUACUUUGACUUGAAUGCAUCCAGAUUCCGCGACUGGUUCACCAGCCAAAUAGAAGGCACUCGAGGCAGUCGGGACUUUUACACUGAGCCGUUACAAGACUUCGAAAAAUUAAUAUACUUGAUGAUUAAAGGAAACAAUGGAGAUUUCACCCGGGGAAUAGCUGAAAGAAUUAACUGUGCCGAAGUAAUGAAGUUUCUAGAUGCAAUCAAAUGGAAACGUUUCAUCAAACCAAAUAAAAGUAAGAUCCAUGAAAUGGAUCCAAAUGAACCUCAAUCCCCCAUUAAUUCAUAUACUUCCAAUGAUGACGAUGACCUUGACUAUGAAGACAACCUUGUUCAAGAUUUAACUGACAUUGAAGUUUCCGAUCUGCCCAUCAUUGAGAAAGACCUGAUAACGAGUCAAAUUACUCAGGAUGGGUCUGGUCCUUGGAGGGAAUUCCUUUUCACCUACCAACAACAUAUUUCAGUUUUAUUGUAUGUUUCAGCCAUCCUUAUUCUUGAUCGUCUCCACGAACCGCAUAUAUACAAGCAUUUGGUCCUUGUGUUCUUCGCGGGUGAUGUGCUUCUAGUUAGCCGUUGGGGCUUCAGAGUGUUUUUGAGUGUAUUGGUAUUGGUAAUGGUUGCAACUCUUUCAGUUUGGAAGACGUUGAUGUGAAAAAUCUGGAUGUAAGACUGUAUAUAGUGCUC